AUGACUUACCAAAACUCUUUGAACUAUCCUAUCGACCCAAGGCUUCUUCAACUUUCAAACUAUCCAGAUUUUUCUUAUGCUGAAACCUGUCUUGGACCCUAUGAUUGCCCUGAAUUGUGGACCACCUGGGAAGCACUUGAACAAAGGAUUCAGGUAUCAAAUACUAACAAUACUAACACUACUUGCACUAAUAAUGCUUCUUCUUCCACUUCUGCUUCUUUAACAACUUCUGCUCCCGCUUCUGCUUCUGUUUCAUCUUCUGUUUCUGUUUCUGCUUCUUCUGCUUCUGUUACUGCUUCUUCUGUUACUGCUUCUUCUGCUUCCUCUGUUUCUGCUUCUUCUACUUCCGCUCCUGCUUCUUCUACUUCUGCUUCUUCUGUAUCUACUUCUUCUACUUCCGCUCCUGCUUCUUCUACUUCUGCUUCUUCUGUUUCUACUUCUUCUACUUCCGCUCCUGCUUCUUCUACUUCUGCUUCUUCUGUUUUUGCUUCUUCCACUUCUGCUUCUUCUGCUCCUGCUUCUUCUACUUCUAUUUCUGUUUCUUCUGCUUCUGCUUCUACUGCUUCUUCAACAGGUACAGGUACAGGUACAGGUCCAAUUAGGAGAAGAAGAAAUAAUGCCAGCAAUAAUCAACAAUACACUACAGCAACACCCAGAAGAAGUAAUAGAAUUCAACAUAGAAAUCAACCACAGGCUCUUAAUCAACAACAACAAGAUUUAAACCAAAGACUUUUAGAUAUUUACAAUCGAAUGCAACAAGAAGAUUUGGAUAUUUUGAGGGCUCAGAGGGGCUUGUUGAGAUCAUUCAACAAUCCCCAUUAA